GCUCGAGCUCAAGCUGCCGUCGUUGUAAAAGACAGCUAACAGAGCACCAUGGCAAUUCUACUGGAAAUGCUCGACAUCAACACAGGCCUUGCUUUAGGCGUUGGCGUGUUGUCGUUGUUGUGGUGGCUUUCCGUGAGACGACCUGCAGGUGCACCUCCAGGACCUUGGCUGGCUGUACCACUGCUGGGUCACCUGUUGCUGAUGAUGAAGAAAGAUACUCGGCAGCAGUUCGCAGCAUGGCGACGACAGUACGGUGACGUGUUCAGUCUGUACCUGGGCAGCCAGCUGGUGGUGGUGCUCAACGGCUACAAGGUCAUCAAGGACGCGCUGGUAAAAAACGCCGACGUCUUCUCCGACAGGCCUCAGACUUAUGUAAAUGACAUAAUAACCGACAGCAAAGGCGUUGUUGACACCUCUGGUGCGGUGUGGAAAGACCAAAGAAAAGUUGCUAUAAAAAUUCUACGUGAGCUAGGGAUGGGCAAAAACGUGCUGGCGGUAAAGAUCCAAGAAGAAAUUAAAGAGUACAUCAGGGUCAUAUCCGAGAGCCAGGGUCAGCCGCUCGAUCUGAGCCACUUCACCAAAGUUAGCAUGUCCAACAACAUCUGCUCCAUUGUCUUUGGCAAACGCUUCGAGUAUGACGACGACGUCUUUAGAAAUUAUCUUCAUCUGGUGGAAGUCGUUGUUAACGACUGGGGAGCGGGUGCCGCACUCACUGUCAUGCCUUUCCUACGACACCUGCCUGGAGAUUGCCUUAACUUGAAACGAGUUGUAGACAACAUGCAGGUUAUGCUGUAUAAGCUUAUUAAACCUUUUGUAGACGAGCACUACCGCAGGUCUGACGAGGGCACAGUGGACGACUUUAUUGGUGCCUACAUCAGAGAAAUACAUCAUCAUCGCAACAGUCAGUCAGGAUCACCUCACAUCAACAAUGUUAAUAUCCUUAAGACAACCUUCGACGUAUUUAUAGGCGGCUCGGAAACGGUUUCUACAACUAUCCUGUGGGCUCUGGUUUACUUCCUUCACCACCCUGACGUGCAGGACAAGUGCUACGAGGAGAUCCACAGAGUUGUCGGCACAGAGCGAGCGCCCACCAUACAGGAUAGAUCGCAGUUAGUUUACAUGGAGGCUGUCAUCAUGGAGGUUCUUCGCUACGCCACCCCUUUGCCACUAAGUUUCCCACAUGCCACCCUAUGUGACGUGGAGUUUGGCGGAUACACGAUCCCUAAGGGCACUUUAGUCAUCCCCAACCUGCAUUCUGUGAUGAGCGAUCCGGAGACCUGGGGUGACCCCGACAGAUUCCGACCUGAACGUUUCAUUGGAGAGGACGGCAAGCAGUGGAGACCCGAAGAGUUGAUUCCCUUCUCUUUGGGUCGGCGCAGUUGUAUUGGUGAGGCGCUUACCAGAAUGGAAUUAUUUCUAUAUCUGUCAACAAUGGUACAACACUUCCAAUUCCUGCCUCCCGAAACUGGAGAACUUCCACCAUUGCAAGGUGUGCUGGCACUAACCUAUCGUCCUGCACCUUUCAAGGUUCGAGCUGUGCCUAGGAUGUGUCUUGGAAAAUAAACAUUUGAAGAAAAACAGUGAUGGAGCCGCUUUAAUCGUCCUAGAGGGCACUAACAUACAUCGCAUUUCCUUUUUAUUUAUACUCAGAGGGGUAUACAUGGCUGCAGCACAUCUAUUAACGUGGGACAGUCUCAGCUACUUUUCUAUGCUUAUGUUACACAUAGAGAACACAGACAGUCGACCUGGAAAGGCCGAUUCAGUGUGUUUUGGCUUUAGUCAAUGGCAAAACAUUUGAAGUGCCCAACACGCUCCAUAUCUAGAGCACACUAAAAUUAUUUUAAAACAAUUAAUGGGACGCCCUUUGGUUCUAUUCUAUUCUAUUAAAUACUAAUUUGCCAAAAUACGAGUAACUUCUACUGCAUGUGAAGUAUUUUUUUAACUAGUUGCAUGCGAACGAUUUCGUCUCUUUGUUUCUUUAACUCUUCCUCAUAUACAUCACGUUUAGUAAGACGUUGAAUUUAAUAUCAAUAUUAACUUGUAUUUGAAUAAAGAAUGUCAAGAUA